CUCUCUGUGACACAGUGCACCGUGGUCACCAUGGGAUGGUAAGGGAGAGAGUGUUCCAUGGUGACCCUUUGUGACACGUCGUGAUAUAUGUGCUGACAGUGACACAGCCGUGCCACAGUGCUCGGUGCACACAACGGGACAGGACGGGAAAGAGCAGUGCAGUGAGGAGCCCCCACACAGCCAACUCAUUCCUUGCUGACCCGGAGCUUUUCCGAGGCGUUCUCUGUGCAGGUGACCUCGAGGCCAGGCUGCGGGACUCGGUGACGUGGAGCAUUUCCGAAGCGUCUGCCAUCCCUGCGGCCAGUGCCCUCGAAGAUAGACUGCGGGACUCUCAGUCCUAUUUCUUUCUAGAGACUUCUCUCUUGCUGGUGCCCUUGAGGACAGACUGCAGGACUUACUGUCCUGUAACAUUCCCAAGGCCCCUCUGUUGCAGGUGCCUUCUAGGUACGACUGCAGCACUUGCUCAUCUUCAGCUCUUCCGAGGCCUCUCUGCUUCAGCAGGCACUCAUAACUGCAAAGAGUGACAUGGAGCAGAGACCACCCAGCAUGACCAAGCUGGCCUGGGUGGAGGAGGAAGAGGCUGGAGCUCAGACAGCACAGCAGCCUGAAGAACUGGAGCAGUUCCAGCUGCUGCAGGAGGAUGCAGCCGAGGAGCGGACACAAGAGCAGGAAGCCGCCCCUGGCCGCUUCUGCGGAACAGCGCAGACCCUCUGUGACUCCAUCAUGUGCCUUUGGCAGGAAGAGACCGCUGGUGUGGGCACCGGCCUCUUGGCGGAGCUUCUGUUCCUCAAUGCUGAGACCGGUGCUGCCAUGCUGGAUUUGCUUGUGGAGGAGGGUGUCUCCGAUCCAACGCAAGUGCCCGCCAUGGUGAGGUACAUCCACCAGUGGCUCACGGCCAAUGAGUCUGCUGGGCACAGGCUGGACGAGGCCCUUCUGGAGCUGACCGAGGAAUACCCCUCGGACGUGAUGAUCACCCUAUUGCGCUGGGCCCCAUCGUGUGACAGAGCUGCCGCGACCAUGUGGGGAACCAUCAUGUCCUCGAGCAGGACUGCGGAGCCGGCGCUGCAGUUACUCCUCGACGCGCUCAGCGCCUGGCCAGUGUACAGCGUGUACACCUCUGAUGGGGACAAUGCAGGAGUCUUUGCCCUGGCUGCAACCGUGGCACUGUGGAGAGUCUUCAAUCUGACCUGGCGCUCCCCUGUUGUGCUGGAGUAUUUCCCCAAUCUCUUUCUGCGUCUGCUCUUCCAAGCUUACAUCAGCACGCAGGAGAUGCCAGAAGAGGUUGAGACUUUCUGGAAGGGAUGCCAGGAGGAACACGGCCUCGCCGCCAACCCCAACAGCUUUGCACUGCAGACCCUGAAGGCCCUGCUCUGCCAAAUGCGCUAUGAGCACGUGGUGGUGUCAAUGGAACGCAAGCGUGCCUGGGACACGCUGCUCUGUGCUGACACCCACCACUAUGCAGUGCGUCUUCUGGCCAGGGAGAUGCGCCGCGUCUCCAUCAUCUGGUGUUGCGGCAUGGCAUCCUGCCUCUUUGACCUGCUCAGCGAAGGCAUUUCAGACUGGGAACUGCCCGCCCUGGCGUUCCUGGUGGAGGUCCUGGACUGCCUGGACUUGAGCGAAUGUGGUGAAAAAGUCCUGGAGAUCUUGACAAGUCAGCUGCAGAGUGAGUCCACGGAGAUGCGUCGCGUGGUACUCCGCGGCCUCGUGGUGCUCACUUCGAUGGAUCCAAGCAUGUUCAACCUGACUGAAAGCCUUGGGAAACUACUGUGGGAUGCGGACGAAGACAUCGUGGAGAUGACCCUCAUUGUGCUCAGCUUACUGCUGCUGCACAAAGACCUCACAAUAGCCAGCCCCAUCGCCCUGCAGCUGGCUGAGGCGCUCUGGCACCUCUUUGACAAUGACAACAGCCAUGUGCAGCUGCUCUCCAUUCGCCUCUUCCAAGAUGUGAUCACGCUGGUAGUGGCAAAGGACAAAAAGGCCCUGAAGAAGCAUGUGAGCGAGAGCCUGCUCCCGCUCUUCUUCCACUGCCACGAUGAGAACGGGCGUGUGGCACAGGCCUCUCGGGAAACGCUGCUUUCUGCAGUAAGGUUCCUGAAGAGGAAGGAUCUCAAGCAGCUGCUGAAGACGGAUCAGAUGUGGAGGUUGGCCGAGUGCUUGCUGGGAGAGGAUAGGAGCCGUGUGGCCGAGCACCUGCGCCAGGCCCUGCCAUACCUGCGGAGCCCACAGGAGCCCCUGCGAGAGGCGGCCGUCAGGUUCAUCGGGAUCGCCGGGCGCUACCUGACAGGGCAGCAGCCAGAGUUCCGGAUCAUCUGCAUGGCCCUUCAGGACAUGACGGAUGACACCAGCCCUACCGUCUCAUGCCUGGCACUUCAAACUCUGUACAUCAAUUUAGCUGUACAGAGCAUUCCCUCCUCUGGACUCCAGAAGAUGCGAGACCAACUCCGCCAGCUCUGGAAGUCGCGGCCUUUCCUGUGUUACCGUGGCUGAGUGUCCUGCUGCGGCGCC